CAACAAUUCUGUAAACAAUUAUGUGCACCUAGCACUCCUCAAUUAUAAUACAGUCACCACUAACUUGGUGAUUGAGUAAGAAUCUAAUGGAUGAAGCUUCAUCAAAAUCACCCUCAUCACAACACACCUUGAACCAAAAUCAUACAACCCAGAAGCCAACUUGGCAAAUAUCACUCACAAACCUCCUCAAACAUGAAGACUAUUCUUCCUUUUCUCCUCUCUUCUCACUCUAUUCAACUGGGCUCAACUUCAUUUCACCUGGGAUUCUCCGAAAAGUGGCUAGGGGGCUCCUUGGAGCUGCUUUUCUGCUGUUUGUGGUGAUGAUUGUGGCUGUGGCUUUGGGAGUUGGCUUGGUUGGGUUUUGGGUUGAAGAGCCUGUUUUUGCUAAGCAAAAUUUGUUGUUUGAUUACUCCCAAGUGAAUCCCACCGCGGUUUUUGCGCUGGGAUUUGGUGUAGAGAAGCAGAUGGAAGUGCCGGUUGGGCAGACUUAUUAUGUGGACUUGCUUCUUGUUAUGCCGGAAUCUUAUUACAAUCUAGACAUUGGGAUGUUUCAGUUGGUUGCAGAAGUGUUAUCAACUAAUGGCCGGGUGAUAGAUAGAUCCAGCCAUCCGUGUAUGUUGCGGUUUAGAAGCCUUCCGGUUAGACUUGUGAGAACAUGCUUAUUUAGCAUACCCUUGAUAAUGGGUAUUAGUUUCGAAACUCAAAGGAUAACCAUUCCAAUGUUAAGGCACAAGGAAGGUUAUUCAAGAACCGAAGCCAUCAGAAUUACAAUACUUCCACGGGCUGGAACAAUGUCUCUUCCACAGCUAUAUGAAGCUGAAAUAAUCAUAAAUUCAGAGUUGCCUUGGAAAAAAGAACUUGCUCAUAGCUGGAAAUGGACAUUAUAUGUUUGGACAUCUGUAUACAUGUACAUUUUGCUUCUUAUAGCUCUUGGUUGUUGGUUUAGGCCAGUCAUCUUUGCAGUAAUUUCAUCAUGUUAUAGUCAUAAGGACGGGGUUAGAGAUGACACUAUGGAAGUACGAAGAGGAAGGCCUCUGUUAGCUAAAGAAUCUAGAGAGGUUUCAGAGACCUUGAGAAGGUUGAAGGAGAGUAGGAACAAGAAGAAAGAAAUGCUUUUGCACGAGGGGGCACCUGAGACACAACCACAAGGUUCAUCUGCCUCGAGCAUUAGUGUAACUAGAGAUGACAGUUCUAUUACUGCUGAAGAUGAUAGGGACUCGGUGUCUGUUUGUUCCGAUGACUGACCAAAACCUGCUGGUAAAAGUUGCUUUGUUUUUACUGCGUUCGGAAGCUGAAAGUUGUAGCAUUUAUUUUGCGGCUUUGCAUAUUGGAAAUCGAGGACUCUUGUAACACUAAACUGUACAGAUCUAGGCAUCUAGCCAAUAUCCAUGAAGAAACCUACACGUAAGGGCUUAGAGACUCUGAAUUGCUUGUAAAUUUUGGUUCUACAUGGAACUGCUUGUAAAUUUUGGUUCUGGGUUAUAGUUCACACGGUAUCUACUUGUGAUGAGCAUACAUUACUGAUAUAUUGACUUGUGCAGUUCUGCAGCUGUUGAAAUAUCAUAGUCAUGCACAAUUAGUUCUGCAGCUGUUAAAAUAUCACUAGACAUUAAACUUGUAAUGUCUGUAAUACAUAUCUUGUAAUUUUAUUUCUUCA